AUGUCCGACUACUAUUCCAUUCGAGACAUUCUCUCGGUAGCCUCCAGACACCCAUUUUACAACCGUGAAGUGCAGUAUCCGCCCAAUGCGGAGGAAAUAGCUCGGCUUCUCGACCCUCAAACGCAGACAGCAGUUCCAGAGCUUCGCAGUCUCCCUCUCACUCAAAAAGAAGACCUUUAUGAGCAAAUCCAACGCCUCUCUGCGGAUGAUUCUCCGCAGAAUGAUUUCCGGCGAAGUGUCUACACCAGUAUCACCGGUGGAGGAUCUGGAGGUGUACCAAUGCUGUUUUUGACCGACUCGACAGAGAAUCGGAAGCAUCGACUGACAGCUGGUCGAUUCCUGAAGACAUGUGGACUCGUCGAUCCUCGGGAUUGGAUUGUGACGAUGUUCGAAAAUGCAGGCGGGAGUGUUCUUGCAGUUGGACAUACAAUGCCCAUCAGUGACGUCGUGAAUGCAUUGAUCAAAUACCGAGUGAACGUCCUUAGUGGAGGUAGCAGUGGGAUCUUGCAGAUUCUCAACUACAUUGCCUCCUCUGCAACCGAGGACCAACGCAGCGCGCUCAAGGUCGACAAAAUCAUCUAUACAUCAGAGCCGCUUGGCCGGCAACAGCGAGACUUUAUUCGCUCUGUUCUUGGCUCUGUGAAGAUUUGUUCCGUGUUGGGCAGUUCUGAGGCUGGGCCUUGGGCAGUUGCCAAUUUGGCACUCACCGGUGAGCCAGACGACGAUGCUGUUGAGUUCAUCUAUGACACUCGCACGAUGGUCAUCGAGAUCCUGCCUCUGGAGGCCGCGGAAACGCCCAAAGAGUCUGUUCAGAGUGUGCCCGGACUUCCGGAAGGAAGUGUGGGGUGCAUUGUGCAAACUUCCCUGCAGCGCUUGAGAAACCCGCUCGUGCGCUAUGUCACCGGUGACAUAGGAUCGCUACACCCAUUGCCCGCCGCAGCAAGAGCAGCGAUACCCGCCGAAGAAGCCCAGCAUCUACGAAUGAUCCGAAUGCGGGGACGCGACAAACGGUUCAGCUUCAAAUGGGAUGGGAAAUAUUAUGAAUUCCACACUAUCAGGGAGGUCCUGAGUACAGCCGAGUGGGGAGUAUUGCAGUGGCAACUGAUCCUGGCCGUGAAGGAACCGUCUCAUUCAGUCAAUUUUGAGGUGCGCCUGUUGCGCUCUACUACGGAAACGGCCAAUCAAAUCUCUGAAGCCGAUUUGAUCGAAAAGCUAAGGAAGCUGUUUCACGUUACCCCAAAUAACAAACACCUGUUCAAGUUGACAUUUGUGGGAGACAACGAGGGAUUCAUCCUCAGUUCUACAGGAAACAAAGUUAUGAGUUUUGUUGAUCGAAGUGUUCCGUCUUGA